AUAUUGUUAUUGGCCGGACUUUGUUCAAGCACUCAGUAAAAAGUCACUUUCAACUCAAUUCAAAAUUUACAAAAUUUUCCGUACAAAAAUAUGCACAAGACGUGGAAUAAGGCGUUCCACAAGCGCAAACUGUGGAAGAGCGUAUCCAAGCCUGGAAAGCUGUUGUACUACAUGCAGCCGCUGGUUGAGCACUUGUUCGACACCUGGAUGCAACCACUGCCCUUUCCGACGCUGCUCAAGUUCCUCUACAGCUGCGUUCUGAUCUUUUUCAUAAUGCUCCCAAUGCUGUAUCCACUGUUCGUCCUGCUCUCCUACUACGGCAUAUUCCAGUACGCGGCGCAGGAGCACUUUGGACUGGAGACGCCCGAGAAAUGGGACCUCCUGGGCGCCGCCACCAAGCUGUGGAACUUCGAGGUGACCAACAGGAAGUACCUCCUGUUCGUGACCAUGUACAUCGAUAGAUACCGCGUCGUUCUAACCGCCAUAUCUUCGACAGUCGACUAUAUGCGCAUGGCUCUGUGCUUCGUCUUCAGCUGAGUUGGUUGGAGUUGGUUUACAAACUGUCCUUGGGGAAAAUCAUUUUUCGGCAUUUAUGAGGAACUGUUUCAGAAACAACUGCUCUCCAUACGAUGAACUUAUCCAAUUAAAAGUUGAUCCUGGUGUGCAUUUUUGAAACUAA